GAACUAUAAGAACAUCAGUUUGGCUAGAGAACCCAAGUUGAAAAGUCCUAAGAUAUCUUAUCUUGUUUGCUGUACAAGGUAGGAGUUUUCGGGACGAAACCAUGCGAGCGGGGCCAUAUCUGGCGGUGCUUAUUGCGCUGCUAUGUGUCCUGAAGGAUACAUCUGGAGAUCCUCUUCCGAAAAGCGAUGUUGACGCAGUUCCUACUGAAACUAGAAUAAAUCCACGGUUCUACGUGAAAGUCGAUGACAAACGAAGCAUUUCGACUACUGGCACUCAGGAAGAUGAUAUAACUGGGGAAGAAGAAACUGAGCCCGAGGAGGAUGCAGACGAAGAAGAUGAAGAAGACAUAGAUGAAGACGACGCAAUAGAAACCUAUUAUCCUGUCUCCGAUGAUAAUGGUCAGACCUAUUUGAUCCCCGAAAGCGUUCUCCAGAUUAUGGCGGAGAAGCAGCAGGACAAUGAUGAUUCUGACACAUAUUUAGUUCCAAAUGGUUCAGUUCGUCUCGACGACGAUGAAGAUGAGGACGGAGAAAGCGGCUCCGCCAUAAUCCUUUCAGAAGAGUCGCCUGAAGAAACUGGACUUGCUGAUGGUACCCAGUAUAUCGCAAUCAUUCAAGAACCAGAGACGUUUGGUAAAUCCCGACGAGUUCAAGUUCGCAGAGGUGGAGUAAUUCGAAGAAGGCGAGCAGGUGGUCAAAGGCGAAGACAUAGACGUGGCGGAUCGCGAAAACGUUUGAAAAGGCGUCGUACCCGCAAGCGAAUUCGUAGAGGUGGCGGCGCGCGCGGUGGCCGAAGGAGGAGACGAGGUGGCCGUAGGGGUGGUCGAAUCCGUCUCGGGCGCGUUCGAAUGAGGAGGCGUCGCGGAUACGGUGUUCGGUUUUAAAUAAUGGUUACGAAUUUGACAAAAUGAAAUUAACGCGCACAUAGAGUUUUAUUUAGGGUCAUUCAAAAUUCACA